AUGCUGCAGGCCCCUCCAGGGAUUGACCAUGCCGCUGUAGCCCAAUAUGUGGGUGAUGGCUGCACCGUUAGCGCGGUGCGACACCGCCUCGCUCGCAUCAAGAAGCGAAUCGCUGAUGAGGAGCUGAGUGCUGGUACCGCCGACUCUGCUACUCCUGCAGCUGCUGCAUCUCCCGCCGCCAAGGUCAAGCGUGUAGCCAAGUCUACUCCCACCAAGUCGAAGGAUCCAAAUCCUGAUGACGAGAACAAGGAGCAGCACACCACAGACGGUCAGGGCAAGAUUGUACUCAAGCUCAAGCUCAAGGCUGAGGAUGAGACUGAUGGAUUCGAUUCUGAUGAGUAUGAAUGUCUUAUCUGUACAGCUAAUAACGAUGGAGAAGACUAA